AUUUUAUGUAUAAAAGCUGUCUUAAAUUUACUUUAGAACAGUUGGAUAGGGUUAUGGAGUUUUUUUUGAGUGUAGGGUAAUGAUUUUUACAAUCAUAUAUUAGCUUAAUAACUUAAACGUCCUCAGUUCGAACUCAUGACCUCUCCUUUUUUUCGAUCCUUCCCUCACCACUAGCCUUAGUGGCUUGGAUAGGGUUAUGGAGGUAGAGUCAGCUCAACUCAUCUUAAAUGGUAUCAGCUCAAGCAGUCAUGACAUAACAUAGCCCAUUACUACAAAAAUUUGGGUUGGCAUGGUUGAAUGUUUUCAAUUUUGUGCGCCCUAAUUCGUGCAAGAGCUUUUCUGCCCCCGUCAACGGCGACCCACUGCCCCUCCUAACUUCCUGGUGACUCCACUUCCAGAUCUCCCUCUCCUCUGCCAUCAACCAUUUAAGAAUCACACCUAAAAAUACAAAUAAGCGCAAAGAAGCAGGAAAGUUUAAAUAAUGGUGGGGACUGUUGGGUUGUAUGAACCUGAUACGUACAUGGAAGCUCGGCCAACAUACCCACUUGAAUGGUAUUCAAAGCUGGCAGCUCUCACUCCUCACCACAACUUGGCUUGGGACGUUGGCACGGGCAAUGGCCAAGCUGCUAUUGGGGUGUCUGAGCACUACAAGCAAGUGAUUGCAGCGGAUGUAAACAUGGCCCAGCUAGAGCGAGCUACUCCCCAUCCUCGAGUCCGAUACCUCCCCACUCCUCAAACCAUGAAUGACAACGAAUUAGUGUCGUUGAUUGGGGGAGAAAAUUCUGUGGAUCUAAUAACCGUUGCAACAGCAGUUCAUUGGUUCGACCUUUCACACUUCUAUUUUAUUGUUUCUCGGGUUUUGCGCAAGCCAGGAGGAGUGCUUGCUGUUUGGUCCUACUUUGACAUGGCUGUGAGCCCCGAAUUCGACUCCCUCUUCAAAAAAUUUCACGACUCAUUGCUGCCGUUUUGGCCCAAGGAAGUCAGAGACUACGUGCAUGAGGGUUACAAAACGUUGUCGUUUCCAUUUGAGAGUGUUGGGUUAGGUUCUGAGGGGAAUCCACUGCCCUUGGAGAUACAUAAACAACUUUCUUUGAAUGGAAUUUUGAAGCUGUUCGGGUCUUUCUCUCCUGUCAAUGUGGCUAAGAGCCAGGGUCUGGAUUUGUUAUCCCCAGAGGUGGUUAAAGGCUUUGAGAAUGCUUGGGAUGGACCUCUUACUUUGGUCAGGGAUGUUACCUACAAAGCUUUUAUGCUAGCUGGAAAGGUUAGGUCUUAAUUAGUCUUGUGCUUUUUAUUUCUACUGAAUAAGUUGUAAGAAUUUUAUUAAUCUUAUGUAUAAACAUUACUAAUCAAAGCUUUUAUAUUUUUAAUAUUAUAAAAAUUUACAAAUAAUAUUAUUAAUA